AUGAAAUUUUAGAGAAUCUAGACUACAUUUAACAUCUUUAAUGGACAGGAGAAGAUGUUGGAGAAAUGGUAUUUUGAAGGGAAGAAAUAAGAGAUUUGGAAAGAGUCGAUUAAUAAUUACAGAAUGUAUAUUAUAUUCAUUAAUACUAACAGAAGGGCUUAAGUAUUUUAAAGUGGCGAAUACUUGAAUAACUAGAGUAAGGGAUAUUGGAAAUUUAUAUUUGAAGAUGAUGAAAUUGGAGGUGGAUAUUACAAUGAAUAUGGUUUGAAAUCUGGUAAAAGUUUAUAUCAGUAAUCAAAAUAAUUAAAAUUAAUUAAAGCUAAAGCUAAAUCACUUAUGAAGGUGAAUACUAAAAUGGCGUUUUGA